GUAGUUAUGCAUCCAGUUGGAAUUUCAUUUCUUUCUGAGCAUGUAUCAUGGUCUAUUUCUGUUAAUUGAACUGUCCUACCUAACUUUGAGAAGGUACUUUUAAAGGAUACGGGAACUUCAGUAGUUAUGCAUCUAGUUGGAAUUUCAUUUCUUUUUGAGCAUGUAUCAUGGUCUAUUUCUGUUAACUAAGUAGGAAUAGGAAUAUUGCUUAACCGAGCUAUGCUUUUGAAAGUUGAAACUCGAAACUAUAGGGCCAAAAUGUUUUGCUAGGGUGUUUCUUUUUUUGCAGCCUUAGUCAACAAUUUGUGAAUUAAUUCUGAUGCUUCCUUCACUGAUGUCCUAAUCGAAGAUGCUAGAGUAUUGUUUGACUUCCAAGUUAUUUAUGUAUUCAGGGAAUAGUUUCAUGAUUACCUUUUGACGUUGAACUAUUAUGUAUAAUCUCUGACUUCUAUUUUGUUUCAUGCUCUUUGAAGUUUCAUCUGUUUACUUUGACUUCUCUUGCCUGGCAUUAACUGAUGAAUGCCAAAAUUCUUCUUUGUGGUUUCUGGGGAUAGGGGCUGUGUAACUACUAUCAAUCUUCAUAUCUGAAGAAAGAAAUAUAUUACUUUGACAUUGGUGACUGCAUACUUUUUAGGUUGCUAUAAUUUGGUCAAGUCCUGAUACAUCUUUGCUUUAAUGGUACUGGGGCUCCUAUAUAUAUCGCUGUGUAACCUCCCUUUACAUAUGAUUGUUUUUCUCUUCUAUUUUCUUGGAGUUCAGCAUGCUGACUGGACAAAAAAUGGCCACUUUUCCGGUUUGAGUUAAAAUAGAGGAUGGAUCAAGAGAUACUUCUGUCAUUAACAUAGAAACUAAUAUUACCAAGCAGUAUGUUGCUAUUAGCAGUAGGGCACUAGUGAAAACUCCACAGGUCUGAAGUUUAUAUGCAUGUUGUUUUCCCUUUGAAUUUAGUUUCAUAUGUAUAUGUAUAUGAUUUGAUAAAAUGUUUUCUCAUUGAAUAUGUUUAAGCUGAAUGGAAAUUGUAUCUGAUGUUGUGGUAUUGAUGCAUGAAUUCUUUUGGAACCUACAUAGUUCAGUCAUAGCACAAUAUCUGUGUUUGAGUAGUUUAGAUGGCAAUGUGAACAAGUUUUACUGGUUAGUGCCGUAAUUUCCCCUUUGCUAUUAGCUUAUGAAAAUACAUUGAGGAUCUUGGUUUCUUAGUAAACUAUCGUAUUGAGUUUUGUGCGAUCAACACAAAUAAUGAAAUCGUAAACAAUAUUGCAUUACUUUUGUCAACUGAAAAUGAGAGAAAUAUCACAACUCUUAUAUUCUUACUUCUGCCUUUAUUUAGUACUAAUAUAUUCAGUGAUUUAGAAUCCCAUCGAUUGUGAUCACUUAAUGUUGACAUGGUAAAUUGCUCCUGCCUCCCCACAAUCAUUACUCGGAUAUUUACUAUGAGCAAUUAGACAAACUAACUGACAUGUUUUGUAAAAUAUUUGAUUCCUAUUUAUACAAACAAUAUUUGUCCCCAUAAUUCAUUGUUCAGAUAUUUACUAUGAGCGGGUAGACAAACUAACUGACAUAUUUUGUAAAAUAUUGGACUCCUAUUUAUACAAACAAUAUUUGUUUAUAAAAAUACCCUCCCAUUUUAUCAUAAUGUCAGAAACUUAAAAUUAUGAUAUGACUUUGAGGAAGUGAAAAAGGAACAUGUAGAAAUAUUCUUAGAUCUGUAAGUUUAGCUAUCUUUUCAAGCUACCAUGUUCAUCUUAAAAAACUAUUGUUCUUCACAGAAAUCAUAGCAGGGGAAGACUAUUCCUAACAUAGUUUAUUCGUGCCAGUUUGUGCACAUAAUUUAAAAGCUAAGAAACACUAACAAGAGAAUGUCUUUUAGGAUAUUCGAAAGGGAGUAAUCUCACAAGCAAUUUUGGCUUUCCCAUGCUAUUAGUUGACCUUCCAGGAAGCAGAAAAUAAACGUAACCGCAUAUUUAGUAAUGAUCUCAUGUCAGGCUAUUCAUUCUACUCUGUUAAUGAUAUCUGCUUGCCUGUUUAGGUCUUCUGUAAUGCAUAAUUGCAUAUGCAUGCAAUUUUGCCGCGUAACAUCGGAGGCAUCGUUGCUUCUUUGAUACAGCUAAAGGGUAGGGAUCAUGGGCCAUAAACUAACCUCGUAUUGUUUCCUUUGAAUCAUUCUCCUUGCCAGCAUCUUAGCUGUUCUUGUUUACCAAAGAGGGGCAUGCAAUCUUUUUUCAGAACAUGACAGAAGUACAGCUGAUUUAUGCAUUGUGGUGGAUCUGAGUCAUGUGCAGCUAUUGAUUACUAGAUAUAUACGCAGAUCACUUCCUACCCAUGAGGAUAGCAGGAUCAGAUCUCCAUGUCGGAUGUCGCACAAACUUGACACCUUAAAGGGAGACCUACAUUGUGGCACCCAUUCUGAUGAUGCACAUGCUCAUUGAUUGUUGAAACGUGCCAUAAUCUGAAUUUAAGAUCUAACUGGGGUUUCAGCACAGUUUUUUUGGGAAUGUUGCUGUAAUGUUACCAUGUUGACCUUCGGAUACGUUAGAAUGAAGAAACCAACUGAUGACAAUGAAUGAUACAGAUCUGUUCAUUUUUUCAGUACAUUUUGCUGGUCCAUCAUCACUGCAUUUCUCUGGUUUGAUGCUGUUGACAGAAACUUAUUUCUAUGUUAGUUCAGGAUAGAAAGUUUAACUAGAUUGAUGUCGGUUAUCGUGUGUAAAAUGUCAAUGUGGUAAAUCUUUCAGGAUACCAACCUCCAAAAUCAUGCAAGUAUUGAACAUCAAUGCUGCUGCUGCUGCGGGCACAGGGUGUGAGAAUUAUUUGCAGAUCCAGACCUUGAUAUCCAUAGAGGUGUGCUUUCAUAUAUCCUCUUUUUGAGUUCUUAAGAAUGUUCAGAUUCCUUCCACCAUGUUCGUGCAGGCAUGUCUUUGCAUAUCCUACUUUUGUUUAUUCCAUCUCUAACCAACAGCAGUACACAUAUUUUUGCAAGAAAGAAAGCAUGAGCACAUAGUUGUCUUGAUCUUAUUCUAUUCUAUUCCAAGGUAAACUCUUGCUAUUCCGGUUCAGAGCUCAUAGACUUCCUUUGCCUGUCCUCGAUGAAUCAUGGACCAAUGAUUAGUAAAAUGUCUCUAAUCAUUGUGCGGUUUCUUCGGAGACAGGCCGCAUAACCGUAAUCUUGGACAAGUCACUGUCUUGCUCACCAACCAGCAGUUGAAAUUCUCUAAACUUGUCGUCUUCAGCUCUCCACAUCACCACAACAUUACCAUGGUUGUUGCUAAUCGCUAGCCUAUCACCACACACUUCAUGCCACCCAUUGACUGUCCUUUGUUCACUCAUGCUCACAUUUUCUUUAUUCUGCAGAUGUUGUCCCCUGCAACCUCUCAGAAUUCUGAACAGUAUAAAAGCACCUGAACUGUUGUGCAUUUGUCUUCACCCCUCUCAACAGCAAGUGCCUCCAACCACACUCCCCAGGCCACCCUUCGCCUCCAAGGCUCCCAAGUCCCAAAUUCACAUCUAAAUGGAGGCUGGAGGCCUGAUUUCGGAGGCUGGCUGGACCAUGUUUGACUUCCCGCCGCAGGGCGAGGAGUCCGAUAUCAUGGCGCAGCUGCUUGGCACCUUCCCCUCCCAUGCCGAGGAAGCCCAGCAGGAUCUGCCUUGGUAUCAGGCUUCCCAUCCAUCCUACUAUGACAGUGAUGUUCAUACAAGUGCGUGUAGUGACAGCAAUGAUGGUAGCUUUGCUGUUCCAUCCGAGUGCAUGGGCUACUAUUUGGGUGAUUCAAGUGAGGCCCUGGGCAUCAGCUCCUGCACUGUACCACAGGACUUGAACUUGGUCCAGGAGCAAGGUGCUACCGAGUUUCUGAAUAUGAUCCCAACCAUUUCCCAUGAUUUGUUCGGGAAGGGCGAGUCAAGCUGCGAGGGUCUCGACUCGGUCAGUGCUACUAACAAGAGGAAGCAUUCGGUGGAAGAAGAAAUCAAUGGCCAAGCGAGAGGUCGGAAAUGCGCAAGGAAGGCUGCACCAAAGCGAGCAAAGAACGCGAAGCAAACCGAAGCGAGCUGCUGCACCUCUGACAAUGACUCGAAUGCUUCUCAAGAGUCUGCAGAUGCUGGUGUUACUCCAAAAGGCAAGGCCCGGGCUGGACGCGGGGCGGCAACCGAUCCCCAGAGCCUCUAUGCAAGGAAAAGGAGGAAAAGGAUCAACGAGAGGCUGAAGACACUGCAGACCCUUGUGCCCAAUGGAACCAAAGUAGAUAUGAGCACCAUGCUUGAAGAGGCAGUCCAGCAUGUCAAAUUCCUGCAACUCCAGAUCAAGGUCCUCAGCUCUGAUGAAAUGUGGAUGUACGCGCGGAUUGCGUACAACGGGAUGAACAUUGGACUUGAUCUGAACAUGUAGAGAUGAUUUUGGCAGUCUCGAGCGGGGAAUGCAGUUUGUGUUUGAGAUAAACGAGUUCUCCACUAACCAUUCGAUGUACCUGUGUUACCAUGUGUCGUUUUGGAAUCUGUUAUACAGAUCAUCAUAGGCGCAGCAGUAGCAUACUUAAACUUGUGAAGAGGCCCUCUUAGAGGAUCAGUAAACUGAAGAUAAUACUACCAUUUUCUUGACAUUAGCAUGAAAUGCAAGAUCUUGAAAACUUGUAGAUUUGUAUUUGUUUUCUUUGGAGCAAAUAUAGUUCUUUUG